UCGCCCUUUUCAAGAAAAAGCGUUGAUUUCUUAGUUCUCAGUCGCGUUGGAAAUUUGAGUAAAGUAUAAACUUCAAAUUUUUUUUCCCGCAAUUUAGAUAUUUUAUUAAACAGAGCAUUAACAAUAAUUCGCUGGUAUGUCUAUUUUAUGGGCCAUUUUUUCUCAUUGAUUUGGUUUGAGAUUUCUAGCACUGAUGUUGUCCUAUGCUGAUUUGAGCGAUUCUCUGAGUCCUGCCACUAUCCCAUGUAGUAUGUGUUAUCAAAAACAUCGCGAAGCAUCAUGUUCUAAAUGUUCUCAAACGAUAUAAUAUCCGAAGAGAGUGAUAAGAGUUAUAAGAAAUGUCUCAUCACACUGUUAGGUGGAUUAAAAGCGUUUUUGUUACCUUCAUUCGCGGAAGAACCAGCGCGCUGCGAACGGCUGGAGUUUGAAAUCUGGCGCUCCGAUCUGGAUGAAAUUUUGCACAAAUAUUUUCAAAAUUAUGUACUUUCAGAAUAUUUAAUAAAUUUCUUUUCCCAAAUUAGAUUGAGUUCCAACUUUGUAUAUAAUCCCUUAAACGUGGUAUCGUUUUAGGGUGUGUGUGGAAAUCACGUGAUGUAUUUGGUUAUGCGUCACAAUCACAUUACUCGCUCCAUUCUCGGUAACACGGGGCAAUUUUUAUGAUGUCAAAUCGAUCAAUUUGCCUUUCUCAUAUAAAAAGGUUAUGCAAUCACUCCAAACAUCGACUUUUUAACCGAACCCCGGAGAGUCUACUCAGUUCGACAAGAUUGGAAAAUGUUUGUGUUAUGUGUCUAUGUGGAAAAUAAUAUUCUUUCUGUUUCUGAAAGACGGCUGGACCGAUUUGCACAAACUUACUCUUGAAUAAAAGAUACAGCCUUCCCAUCGGCUGCUAUCGAUAUUGGUUCGAUCGGGAUUCCGGUUCCGGAGUUAUAGGUUGAAAAGUGCGGCAACACAGCAAUUUUUCAUUUAAACUGGUAUCACUAUCAUAGAUGAUGCAAAAUUUACUAAAAUAUGUACAAAUUAAAGAAAACUCGCGAAAGCGAUCUUUUGACAUUCGACUGACUCGCAAUAACAUAAAAACAUAGCAAUAUUGAUGACGCUAAUCACCGUAUGCAAAAUCGGUAGGCAAAAAGAAUUCUCAUUUGCACACAACAUGCGAUUCAAAAUCACCUUUGAAAGUCGCGCAACAAAAAAUCUACUCUUGCGAAACAGGCUAUAUACAACAGUAGUAGGUCGAAACAACAUUGAAAAUAGAUUGAGAAGUGAUCGUUAUUUCACAAAUUUUUACAGGAAAAACUCGACAGAUGAAAAAUUGUUUGCACACUUGGGGGAUUAUUACUCAAUGGUGGUUUUACAAAGCACUUAUUUUCAACCGCCCAAAGAAUCGGUUUCGUUUAAAACGAUAUCAAUAACGUACGCUCUGUAAUUAAUUCCGUUGAGCCAUCGCAUUGGGUUGAAAAGACACAACAGAUUCUCCUCUACCUUAUGUUUAGGAUGAAUAAUGGAGCAAAGAUUGAUUUAGUAAAUGUUACCCUACAAACAAAUCCGACAUUCCUUUACAGACUUCAUUUGUACGUUUUUCUCCAUUCCGUUACCAGGAUUUCGCUGCUCACUCUCCCAAAUUAUUCUCUCGAAACAACACAUUUUUCCAUACAGCUCAUAUUGUGUUGAAAUAUAACUUUCAACUCUGAUGAAAAUUUUCUCUUAGAAUGUCUGAUUUCUAAUGCACCGACAAUGGAAAUGAGAAAAUGGAGUACGAGAGAACCAAACCGUCAGGAAGACAUCCACAACUGAUUGUCCUAUGGCUUCUCCGGGAGAAUUCACUGCCGUCUGCAUGUAUGACUACGUACAUCUCGGCUCGUGAUAAUGAGAAGGAAAAUGGGAAAUUAGCAUCCAAGAUUAUGCUCUCGAACUGUUUUGUCAGUGUGAGCUCUUAUAUGCUUUCGGUAACAUUCAUUUCACACCGCUAGUAUUUCGGUGAAUUUUUCAUUGCAUAUCUUUCUCUUCAUUUGUAUGGCAGAAUAAAAUUUGAAUGUUAUGUGAUAUAUUAGUGUUUAAAUUUCAUGGGGACUAAGAAUAAAGCCGCAGUUUCGAGCGGACUGUAUACUAAUAGUAGUUUAUUGUUUUCAUAAAGUGCUAGUGAUUUGACAUUGGUUUUUCCGGAUUUGUUUGCAAAUGAUUGAAUAUGUAAUGAUCAAUGGGAUGGUCGCUACUCGAUGAGAAAAUAUACAAUAUGCAUGAGAAAAAUAACUAAUGGUAUUAGUUCUUCUGGUUGUACAGAUUGUGCAUCGAUAAAUUUGGAUAUAAGUGAAUAAAAGCUCUAAAGAUACGUUGGUAAUCAAAAUAUAGUAAGAAAUUGAAAACUACAACUACAAGUUACUAAAAAGGAAAAGUGAAUAACAUUUAUAGUGAAUCGUCGAUUUGUGUGCAAAGUGAUAAGCGAUAAAAUAAUGACAUCGAAGCCCAUUCAAAAUGGAAACCAUAAGGUAUUUGUUGACAAAAACUCUUCAGCAGUCACGAAGCACAAACAAACGUCUAUUUUGGAUAAAAAAUAGUCGUUGCCAAUUGUCUUUAGCGUAUCUCCCAAGAUUUCACCUGCCUCAAAUAUUAUUGACAAGGUAAGCAUCGAUUGCCACUUGGAAAAUUUCGCAAUGCAUCGAAAAAUUGCAUUGAAUGACGGUAACGAGCUAAGAAUAGAUAAUAAAAACAUUUCGUUACAUAUUAAUAAUCCGUUCGUUACUACAUUUGUUACUCAGCAUCAGCAGCAACAAAAAUGCGAUACGGCGGAAAAUAUGAAUAGUGGAUGUUCUUUAAUGCGACCCAGACGACCUUACAGCAUCGCUGUCGAACCACAAUCACAACGAUUGAAGAACAACGAAGUGAAAUGUCCAUGUACAAAUUGGAAUGAAAAAAAUAAUCUAGAACAUUCAUACAAUGUUAUUUAUUAUCCUGUACAAAAACAUUCAGAUCACCCACCUUCCUCUUCACCGGUAGGCUCGAUUAAAUCGAUUAAUCAAGACCACGAAAUCUACACUCAACCCCUCCCGGUUACAGCACAUUCCAAUGCUAUGAUUUCUCCAGUAGUUUCCCAAACACGAUCGCAGAGCAUUCCACGGCAGAAUGGAAAUAAAGGCAUAAUCAAUAACCUCCCUAUUUUACGCCCUAGCAGUUUGGACCGGAACACACCUUUGGGUCAACAUUCGACAGUUUCUAGGAAACGAAUGACCCAACCUGGUUCAUCAACCGACAGAAUUUCAAACGGAAUUGGAAUUCGUCAAUCGGCUACAUUUCACGGACAGCCAGCGGACCCAGGUGUUGUGUAUAGCAAUAUGAGUGAUUUGACCCGAAAAGAUGUAGUACCAAUAGAAAGAAAACAGAUCCGACCAGUUUCAUUUGCAUACGGAACUGUCCCGGAUCAAAUAUUUUUGGAAAAACAGCUACAACUGUAUUCAGAACAAUUGCGUACAAUAACAGAAAGUGUGAAAAGGUUCUCGGAACAAGCCAAACUAUUGCAAGAAUUGAAGAAACAAAACUAUCAACCAUCACAAAACAACUCCACUGUAGGAGAAUGCAAUACGAAACCUCAACGAAUACAACCAUCGCCAGCGGAAAUGACAGAUAAUGAACGUGCUGACACUCCCUCACAUCAGCUCAAGUUGUUUUUAGAGAGUAUACGCAGUUCAAUGAGAGAGCCUGAAAAAUUGAGAAAAAAUGACAAUGAAGACGAUAGGGAUAAUGAUAUCGAAAACAACACAGUAAUUGAGAACGUAGAACAGGAGGCAUACAAGCCAUGCGAUCAGCUACGUAAAUGUUUGGAUUCUAUGAGAUCAAAGCAUGUGGACACUGAACACUCGAAUAUUCAAUCUAACACAUCCGAAAGUACGACACAAAGGCCUUAUGAACACGUUAGUACGAAUAGUGAAUUCGAAAAAAAAGUUGAUAAUAGUUUGACAACCGGUACUAAUAGUUGUGAUGAUGUCAACAAAAAAAAUCAAAAAUACUUUUCAUUUGACACUGAGAAUAAGGAAAAAUUAUCACUGAAUAUUGCUAAAACUUCAAAAACAGUGGAUCAGAUACUGGACAAAUUUCAUCUUCUUGCAAUGAAUGCGAAAAGUGCGGAUUCUGUGGAAUAUUUGAAAAAAUGUUCCGAUGCAUUGAAACAAACAUCUGAACAAAUUAAUCUGUUCAACAUGGCCUAUGCUAGUGGAAACAAUUCAAGCUUUUAUGGCGCUAACAAUCAUAACAAUGCAUUCGACGACACUCAAUCUAGUACUACUCCAGGAUCUAUACGUGAAGCUGUUCAAAGUUUACUAACCCAACCUAGAAAUGGUUUCCAAAUCAUGGAUGACCGAAUGGCGCUUUUCAUCGAUAUUUUGGAUACACAGGAUAAAUUUAGUCAGGUAAUUGAAGUAUUGCUAUAG